AUGUCCGCCGUUGGUAGCGCUCUACCAAACCGAGCCCAGUACGAACCUGGUGGUCACAAUGAUCCGUCGCUAGCUCUCGUUUUCCAUAUGCAUCAUGCGUCACAGUACAAGGAUCAAAGUGGCUCGCAAAUGCAUCCUACAGCCUUGCAAGCCCAGUCGCAGCAGUCCUUUCAUCCACGAUAUCAAAUGCGACCACUAGUGGAUGAAUGGCUGCAAGGCCCGAACCUGCUGACCCAGCUCCAAUACCAACGGACGAACAUGCUCAACUAUGGUGUCAGCGUAACACACUACUCGCCCUUUGACACUCGAUCUGGCCCUUCUGUCUUCGCAGCGGGUGGAGGUGGCGGGCCAGACUUUGGCAACCACGUCGCCCAACGUGCCUCUGGACCAGCUCUAGUGCCUUCACUUCCGCGAGGACCACCACGCAAGCCCAAGCAGUCAGGUCACGCGCUCUGGGUCGGCAAUCUACCGCCCGCUGCGACAGUAAACGAUCUCAAGGACCAUUUCUCACGUGAUGCGACCAGGGACAUCGAAAGCGUCUUUUUGAUCGCGAAGAGCAACUGCGCGUUUGUCAACUAUCGCACUGAGGCAGCUUGUGAGGCUGCCGUGAACAGAUUCCAUGACUCCCGCCUUCACGGCGUUCGAUUGGCAUGCCGGCUUCGAAGAGGCUCAACCAUUAUCAGCAAGGCGUCAAGUCCCACGCCGUCCAGUGGAAUUUCUAAUGGUACCAGUGCCGCUCUGCCAGAUGUUCUCGAAGGCCCCGUCAUCGUUGGCGGUGGGUCUAUGACCGAGUCUGAGCUUGUUAGCAGCGAACAUAGUCGCUCUCCGACAGCGCAUAAGAAAGUGCCAGAGAAGUAUUUCAUUAUCAAGAGCCUCACAGUUGAGGAUCUGGAAGCUAGCGUCAGGAACGGCACGUGGGCAACUCAGUCACAUAACGAGGACUGCCUGAAUCACGCAUACGAGGUGGCUGAGAACGUAUACUUGAUCUUCUCUGCAAAUAAGUCGGGAGAGUAUUUCGGCUAUGCCCGCAUGUCAUCUACAAUCUCCGGCAAGCCCGUCAACUUAGGCGCGCUGCGCGAGACAGAAGAGGCUAAGACGGAUGGCACGCCUCGAUCCAUUGCAACCCCAGCUACGAAGACUGCGCCAAGAGGUCGUAUCAUCGACGAUUCUGCGCGCGGGACGAUCUUUUGGGAGGCUGAUUCUUCAGACACCGAGCCAGACGCGCUAGUGAAGGAAUGGAGUGAGGAGGGUUGCGGUCACCACUGGAGACGCCAGUUCAACAUCGAGUGGAUCUCAACGGCUCGCCUACCAUUCUUUCGCACUCGUGGCCUACGGAACCCGUGGAAUGCAAACAGAGAGGUGAAGAUUGCUAGAGACGGUACAGAGCUUGAGCCUGGCGUUGGUAGGACACUGGUGGGGAUGUUCCAUAUGCUUCUGCCAGCAGCUCAGAGAGGAGCGAUAGUGGUGUCAUCUGCUCUUAUGCCUUCAUGA